UUGAUAUUAGUCCCUUCUUUUUGGAUCGGAUCUAAUGAAACAAAGAAAGUGUUGAGUUCAUUCAUUCACAUUUCACAACACAAAGUCACUUCACUUUUCUGCUUUUUCUUUUUUCUUCUUCCUAUUUUUCAUUUUUUUUUCUUCAUUUUCUCAGCAUUAUUCCCAAGAAUGUUCCUUUCUUAUGCUACUACUUCUUCUUCAACAUUUCUCAUUCUUCAUUCACAUUGCCAUUUCUCUCCUCUGAUCAGGUGUGUAUAGAUAUCCUUGAUGGAGUCACCUAUCAAUGAAGUUGAGUCUAUAUCAGAGGUUCAGAAUUCAGUUUCUGGUGUACCGAAAUGCCACAGCCUUCCUUUAACAUCAGGGACUCCCCGUCCUUCGCGGCCUCCGUUGAGAGCAUCUCGAAAUCACGGAGCUUCUUCAUCUUCUUCCACGUCGUACUUGGCUGGCCAUCAUAAUUAUGGAACAAAGACCAUCCACCAUGUAAACAGCCAUGUAAUUAAUCAAAAGCAUUUAGAACAUGAAGGAUUGCCAACAAAACUAUGCAGCAAACAAAAAGUGUUUGAUGAAUCCGACAAUUGUAUCUUAGUUCCAUCGAAACGAGCUGUUGUUAAUCAAGCGAAAAAUUACUGUCAGUCAGAGGUUAGUUUUUGUUUAAGUCCUCAGAAUAGUUUCUAUUCAGCAACUGUCUAUUCAGAGGCGAAACAAAGUUUCACCAAUACUGAAGUUAGUGAGUGUGCUAGUGCUGAUAAUAAGUCUUGUGAAAGUGGAGAAAUUUCGAAUUCGUGUGAUUUUAACGAGAGUAGGAAAACUAGUAUCUGUAGAGCGAGUACUGGAAGUGAUGUUAGCGACGAAAGCAGCACGAGUAGUUUGAGCACUGCUUUGUAUAAACCUCAUAAGGCAAAUGAUAUAAGAUGGGGAGCGAUUCAAGCUAUUCGAGCUCGCGAUGGCAUGUUGGAAAUGAGGCAUUUUAGGUUGUUGAAGAAAUUAGGAUGUGGAGACAUAGGAAGUGUAUAUCUAGCUGAAUUGAGCGGCACAAGGACUACUUUUGCUAUGAAACUCAUGAACAAAGCCGAGCUUGCAGGACGCAAGAAGCUUCUUAGGGCGCAGACAGAGAGAGAGAUAUUGCAGUCUUUAGAUCAUCCUUUUUUACCUACAUUAUAUACACACUUUGAGACUGAGACAUUCUCUUGCUUGGUAAUGGAGUUUUGUCCCGGCGGUGACCUACACGCACUCAGACAAAGACAACCCGGGAAGUUUUUCUCAGAGCAUGCUGUCAGGUUUUAUGUGGCAGAAGUUCUCCUUGCUUUGGAGUACUUACACAUGCUUGGUAUAAUCUAUAGAGACCUUAAACCUGAGAAUGUGUUGGUGAGAGAAGAUGGUCAUAUAAUGCUAUCUGAUUUCGAUCUCUCUCUAAGGUGCACCGUCAGUCCAACUCUCGUGAAGUCCUCAAACCCGAUCGCUGAAACAAAAAGCUCUGGAUACUGCAUUCAGCCUGCCUGCGCAAUGCAGCCAGACUGCAUCCAACCUGCAUGCUUUUCGCCACGUUUCCUAUCCGGAAAAUCGAAGAAAGAAAGAAAAUUCAGACCAAAGAAUGAUAUGCAUCAUCACCAAGUGACACCUCUUCCUGAGCUAAUCGCGGAGCCAACAAGUGCGCGAUCAAUGUCCUUUGUAGGUACACACGAGUACUUGGCGCCUGAAAUAAUUAAAGGCGAAGGACAUGGCAGUGCUGUGGACUGGUGGACGUUUGGGAUAUUCUUAUAUGAACUCUUGUUUGGGCGAACACCGUUCAAAGGUUCGGCCAACCGAGCAACACUGUUUAAUGUUGUCGGGCAGCCGUUGAGGUUUCCGGAAUCUCCUACUGUCAGCUUUGCUGUGAGGGACUUGAUCAGAGGUUUACUUGUGAAAGAGCCUCAACACCGUCUUGCCUAUAGACGUGGAGCUACGGAAAUCAAACAACAUCCUUUCUUUCACAAUGUGAAUUGGGCGCUGAUCCGUUGCGCUAAUCCGCCGGAGGUACCGAGACAGACCAUGAUGAGACCUAAUUCAACUGAUCAAGAACUUGGUGUCAACCCUUCUGGCAAUUAUUUAGAUAUUGAUUUCUUUUGAUCCUUAAACGUGAAGUGGUUUUGGUUUUUGUGGACCAACAGCAAUCUGUGUUGUUUUUUUCUGUUCAUGUUUCUAAGCAUAAAAGAAUGCAAUGCAAUGCAAUGUUUUUGUUCAAUUACAUUGAUCAACAAUUGAUGAACUGUUCUAAGAAAUUUCAAAUGCCUUAAUUUGAGGAACAAAGUUUACAGUAUUUCUCUCA